AUGGGGCAGAAAGGAAGCAAGGAACGUCUAACCAAACAAGAUUUAGAAUUUCUUAAAACCAGUACCAGGUACGACGAGAAUACCAUCAAGGAAUGGUACAAGGGCUUCAAGAGCGAUUGUCCGGAUGGCAAACUCACUCCCACGGCCUUCAUGCAGAUCUACAGCAAAUGUUUCCCCACGGGAAAUGCCAACGAAUUUUGUGAUCAUGUCUUUCGAACUUUCGACACCGAUAAAAACGGAUUCAUCGACUUUAAGGAGUUCCUUCUGGCCAUUGAUGUCACCUCCAGUGGUUGUCCGGAGGAGAAAUUGAAUUGGGCGUUCAGCAUGUAUGACGUGGACGGCAAUGGUCACAUCGACCUCAUCGAGAUGACCAAGAUCGUGAAAUCUAUUUAUAACAUGAUGGGACCAAACCAAGUGGCCAUGGACCAAUUCGAAAGCCCGGAAGCUCGAGCGGAAGGCAUCUUUAAGCGGAUGGAUAUCAAUGCCGAUGGAAAAGUGACUCGACGUGAGUUCGUGAGAUGCUGUCUGGAAGAUCAGAAGCUCAUCGAACUCCUCACUCCACACUCUUGAACGCCUUCCAUAUCCACCCAACCACUAAUAUAACAACUACAACCACAUCCACCAACAUACAUGUGUCAUCGUCAUCAUCGAAUCAAUUUGCACUUUGAAAUGAAUUUGGGCUUCCUUUCUUUUCAA